AUGCCGACUGCAUUCCCAUCCAGCUCGAAGAACAGCACCGCCCGAAGCAAUGCUGCCAAGGCCCAGUCGUUGGCUAAUCCACCAUUUUGGUACUCGUUCGAGUAUGGCAUGGCGCACGUCACCAUGUUCGACACCGAAACCGACUUUCCGAAUGCACCUGACGGGCAGGGUGGCUCGGCGGGAAUCAAUGGUGGAGCUUUUGGCUUCAGUGGCCAGCACGGAUCUAAGAACAUCUGCUCUCCCUGCAAAGCAGCGUUCGAAUCCCUCUUCUAUACUCACGCCGUCGAUGUCGCUGUUUUCGGGCAUGUCCAUAAUUCCCAGAGAUUCAGUGCGAUGCAUAAUAACAUCGUCGAUCCAGCGGGCUAUAGCAAUCCCAGGGCUCCAGUUUACAUCGUCUCGGGUGGAGCUGGCAAGGUUGAGGGGUUGUCGAGCAUCGGCGCUAACAUGACGGGGAAUCUCUGGGCUUAUGCACAUGAUCUGAGCUACGCACAGCUAAAGAUUAUCGAUUCUCAGCACCUUGGCAUUGAUUUCAUCAGGAGCUCGACGAACGAGGUGCUUGAUAGUAGUGUAUUGAUCAAGAGCCAUAGUCAGGCAUUUGUGGUGCAGGCUUAG